AUGGUCCCCAAUCUCAAGUCAUUUGCCUCGCUAUUCCUGUUGCUAUGCAUCUGCAUCCAGGUAUUGGCAAUUGAGAGCCUCGGUCUGACCCGAGACAAGCUCGACGAAGAGAACAAGGGCAUCAGCUACAGCUCCAUCAUCGAAUUCGAAGAGGACACCAAAAGUUUCGAAAACAAGACAAUCAAUGGCAUUUGCAAGGACGCCUACGACCAAAUGUUCGAAAAGGCCAAUAGUGACGGAAUCGGCAAAGACAAGCGGCCCGGCGUGAUGACUGCCCUGGCCAUUGGAAAGAGGAUCUACCUUGCUUCGUCGAUCAAGAAGGACAAGGGGUAUUGGUACAAGUAUGAUGAUACAUGGGCGAAUGCACCGCAGCCGUUGAUCGACGGCCUCGAGGAGUGCCAGCGGGAGGAGGGCGGCCAGCGACACCGAACGGAGGCUUCUUGUGGAGAGCCGAAUACUAUCGGACUCUUCUAUGACUAUAACAAGGACACCGCAGACGUGACCAAGGAGGGCGGAAGGAUCACCACCUGGGGCCGAAAGCCGCCGGGAUGGGAUAACAUCUAUCGAGACCCAUGCACGGAGGAGAAUAAAUGGGGGUGUAGGAAAUUGACAACCCACUUCAAUCUCGAGGUGGUGUCUAAGACCGACCCCGAGGACGUGAAGAAGAAGUUCAGUGUCCUUGCAAACCCCCGGCGAAAGUGUUGA